UGCCUGUGGCAAGCACAGACUUCCUGCCUCACCCACUGGUAUCUCCCUGCUUGUCUUCUAGUCUUCCAGGAGCGACCUCUGGCUGGCCCCUGCACCACAGAAGGGAAGGAGCAGGUGGAAAACUCAGCAUCCAGGAUGUUCAACAUCACCCGAGACUUAAAAGAAACUCUUCGCCAGCACUUCAUCUUCCAGAAGCUGGAGAUCUCCUAUGCCAUAUGCAAGCCAUUUCCCUUCUUGGAAGGCCUCCGAGACAAAUCCUUCAUCUCUGAGAAAAUGUACAUGGAGUCUAUGGAAGCCUGUAGAAAUAUGGUCCCUGUAUCCAAAGUGGUAUACAACAUUCUCACCAAAAUGGAGGAGCCAUUUAAUCUGUCAUUUCUGGAAAUGUUGUUCAGUCAGAUCAAUCUACGUGAAUACCCCAACCUGGUGGCAAUUCAGAGGAGCUUCAGAAAUGUUGUCGCUUCCUGUGGAGGAUGGAGAGGAGCCACAGUGACCGUCUUUGAAGUCCCAACCAACUCAAGAGGUAGAAGCCCCCAUCAGAACCUGCCGCCACUGCCUGCACCCCAGCGACCCCCACUGAGAUGCCCGACCCCUGUGCCGAGAGUCAAUCAGCCCAGUGCAAUCCCACAGCACAGCAAUAAGAUCCUGGACAAGCCACCCAGCUCUGCUGGCCCUGCCAAGGCUCUCCCAAGAGUCAUCCAGGAAGGAAGGACUACUCCAGCCAACUUGACAUCUCACAUAAAUGAUGAAGAAGACUCACAACAGGUGCCCAGCACUCCCCCUGCUACUGUGCAAGUGUCCAGUGACCAACCGACCCCUCAAGUAAAAGAUAAAGAAGUUACUCAAGAGAUGCCCCAGGCUCCCUCAGCCCCCGAGCCAGUGAUAAGAAAUGAUUCUCCUGAACCAAAUGAGCCAGCAGAGCCCCAGGAGGCAGCCAGCACACCUCUCGUCAAGAAAGGAAAGAAAAGAAAAAGAAGUAUGUGGUCAGUUCCUAAAAAGAGACAACAGAAAAAAAGACUUUCAAAAGGAACAGCCUCACCUGGUCACAGAAUCCAAGAGAAGCUCCAAAUGGUGGAUCAGGUGACUCAAGGGAAGGAUGACUCAACCAGGAACUCAAAGGUGGUGAUAAGGACCCAAAAGUCAAGGACUGAAUGUGCCCAGACAUCUGGACCUGAGGAGGUCAGUAAUGACACUUCAGAUAUGAAUGAAACAAAGAGUCCCCAGGACCCACCCAGCGCCCCACCAAGAAUCACACAAGGAACCACCUCACCUGUGCCUCAAAUGGUGGAUCAGGCGACUCAAAAGAAGAAUAACUCAACCGGAAACUCAAGGGUGAUGACAAGGGCCCAAAAGGCAAGGACUGAAUGUGCCCAAACAUCUGGACCUGAGGAAAAGAAAAGAAAAAAGGAUGUCUGUUCAAGUUCAACAAUAAGUGGUCAGAAAAAUAUUCCCCAAAAGGAAAAACCCAAAGAUGAUACUGUGGAUUUUCAGUCUCCUACACUUCCUGUGACCUGUGGUGGGGAGAUGGGGAUUUUACAUAAGGAGAAAAUGGAAAAAGGAUCCUCAGAGAAGUGCAUUCAGAAUGAGGAGGGAGUUUGGUUCACACCAAGAGAAUUUGAAAUUAAAGGAAGAGGAACAAAAUCAAAGGACUGGAAGCGGAAUGUGCGUUGCAAAGGACAGACCCUACAACAGCUGAUGGAGAAAGGACUUUUGUACUGUCCUUCAAGAAUAAGUCUAAAGAGAGAGUGGGAAAACUCAAAUGAAUGUGAGGUGUGCUGCGGAGAGGGACAGCUGCUCUGCUGUGAUGCCUGUCCACGAGCCUUUCAUGAGAACUGUCACAUCCCACCCAUGGAAGCUAAAAGGAGCCCAUGGAGUUGCACCUUCUGCAGGAUGAAGGAGUCUUCAGGAAGUCAGCAGUAUCUAAGGGGAUCUGAGGUCCUGACAAGGCAGAUGGGGCCUGAGGAGCAGCUGAAAUGUGAGUUCCUCCUCUUGAAGGCCUACUGUCACCCACAAAGUGCCUUUUUUGCAAAGAUCCCACGUAAUAUCCGAGAUUAUGCCGAGCCCUUUAAGGAAGCCAUGUGGUUGGACUUGGUGAAGGAAAGGCUGACUGAGAAAGUGUAUACAGUGGAAUGGUUUGUACGGGACAUACGCCUGAUCUUUCACAACCAUAAAACUUUUUACAAGGCUUCUGCUUUGGGUCAGAUAGGACUGGAUUUAGAGGCAAAAUUUGAAAAGGAUCUCAAAGAAGUGCUUAUUUUUCGUGGAGCCAGUGAGAACCGUCUCCAGGCUCCUCCUUGACCCCAUUCUGGAAGGACGGAGGCACCUCCACUUCAGGAUUCAGAUGAUGUGACCUUGGUCAUCCUUAGAUUGCCAGUGAGUCUGGGAGGUGAUUAGUUGUCCCCUUGACACAAAUCCAGGCCCUUCAUAGCAUCAUCACACCUUCUACCUCCUUUUAGUAUUUUUUUUUUUGCAACUAAAAAAUUAUACCUCACACUUAAAAAAUUGAAUACUUCUUUAAUACCAUUAAAUGGCCAUCAUAGUUCACAUUCUCCCCAUUUCUUAUAAAUCAUUUUACAGUUGAUUUGUUUCAAUCAAGAUUCAAACAAGUUCCAUACACUGCAUUUGGCUACUCUGUCUCUUAAGUCCCUUUCUAUUCUGUAAGUUUGCCAACUUUAUUCCUUGCCAUCUAUUCAUUGGAGAGCCUGGGGCUCUUAACCUAUAAUUUUUUUCAUAUUCUGGGCUUUUGUACACUCAUACCACUAUGAAAAAUUUAUUAAGUUGAAUUCUAAGUUUGUAUGGAAUCUAUUUUUGUUUGUUACAUAUUUAAUAUACCAUUGCAGAUAGUAUUUCUUUUUAGGAUUUCACAUUUGUAUUUAUAAAUGAGAUUGGUCUAUAAAUUUUUGUAUUUUGCCAUAGUUAGGCAUAGGGUUAUCCUUACUUGGUAAAAUAACUCAUAAGACUUUCUACCAUUUUAUAUGUUCUGAAAUAACAUAUAGUGUUUUAAAGUCAUAAAAUUAUAUAGUCUAGAGUCCUUUAGAGAGGAACUAUGACUAUUUUCUCUGUUGUUGUUUUUUUCAUGGUGAUUAAACUAUUCAGACAUUCUAUUGCUUUUUUAAAAUCAGUUCAACUUUUAUAUUUUUCUAAGAAGUAAUCCAUUGCAUUAGUGUGUGUGUUUUUAUAGUCGGCCUUAUUUAAGUCUCAACUUAUUCUUUCCAUUUUGAAUACUUUCUCUGUUUUUGGCCUAUAUUUCUUUAUUUUUAUCUUCUAUUCUGGAAGCAUUGCAACAGUUUUUAGUUCUUCUAAUACUUACCUGAAAGUUUUCCAAGUGUAUUGUAAUGUUUGUUUUUAAUGCCAGAGCCAAAAAUAAAAUACCUUUAAUGUGCCACAUGUUUAAACUAAAAUGUGUGUCCCUCUUGUACCUGUCAGCUCCCUAAUUCCUGUCUAUUUGCUAUUCAUUAUAUCACUAACAUUUGUAUUUUUUACUCUAAUUAAUUAUUUUAAUUGUAUUUAAUUAUAUUAUAUGUCAUUAUUUUGUUAUUUUUAUUACAUCAAUUAUUUAUUUGGUAACAUCAAAUUUUGGGUUAUAUCAUAAUCCAUAGUCAUGAAAAUAAUAGUGAUGUAUUUCUGCUUUUACAGUUCAGGCUUCCCCACUGGUCUUUUCUUGAAUGACUUUUCCAUACUUCAUUUUUGUUCCAUCUUUCAGUCAACCGAAUUAUAUUUUUAAGUAAUUUUUAAAGAAGAAUACAUGGGUAGUAUGCUUUCUUUGCAUACGCAGAACACCCUCCAUUGUUUUCAUCAUUAACCAUGUAUUGUACUACAAUAUACACUGAGUGGCCAGAUUAUUAUGACCAGCCAGAUUAUUAUGACCACCCCAUCAGUACGUCAUUGACACUUCCAAAAAUACUGAAUAUUGAAAACUUCUUAAGCAAAUCCUCUCACGGUUUUAUUAUUAUUAUUUGCAUAACUAAUUCACUUCAUUGUACUGAUGGGUGGUCAUAAUAAUCUGGCCACUCAGUGUAUAUCUUAUCACAAUUUCUGACCUUCAGAAUUGACUUAGACUUUGUUCCACUGCCUUGGGGCAUUUUGUUCUACAACCCUCAAGUCUGAGUUCAGCCAGAAUUCUAUCUCUUUGUUAGUGUGUGGACAUGUAUAGGGUUUUCCCCUUUACCUCUGUAGCUAUGUCUUUAGUUAUUUUUGACAGGAUAGGAUUCAAUGUAAUAUUGUUAUCAUUGAUCUUGCCUGGCACACUGAGCCCUUUCAAUAAACAUAAUUGGUUCUUUUUUCAGUUCCAUUAAAUCUUUCUGAUCCAUUUAUUCUGGGCUCACUUUCAAGAACAUCUAUUAUCCAUAUGCUGACUACCUAUUCUCUGUCCUCCCUAUUUAUCAUUAAAAAAAGAAGAAGGAAGUUCCAGAAAGCACUCCUCCUCUUAGGUCAUUAGUAUGAGACUUAAAUAUAUUAACUUAAAACGAUUGUAAUUCUAUGUCAAUAUUUUAAACUGGAUGAUUUUUUCAGCAUUUUAAUGAUGCAAAUUGCUAUCUAUUAACCAAGCCUCAAAGGAUAUAAACUUUUCAUCACAAUACUUUCCUUUCCUCAACACAAAAAUAGAAAAAGGUCAUUGCAACUUACAAAGUUGUCCUGA